CGAAUGCAGAAAAACGUCGCAGCGAACUGUUACGAAUAAGAACACAAAGCGAGUUGCUGAACACUGGAAACUCGGCGCGAUUCUCCUCUCCUCGUCGCCCCCUCGCACUUAAACCAAGAGUUGCCGGAACAAAAGUUGCUUCGUGUAAUAGCGGACUUAAACUGAUUUUUGAUAAUUGCAAAAAAACUGUCAGGUUAUCGUAAAAUGAAAUAUAUGUAGAGACGUACACAUUUCUUAGAGGAACCGCGCAUUUAAAAAAAAAUCACAAAUGAGACAGGAAAUUAGAGUUUUGCAAUGUACUGAAUGUAAAAUGUUCCAAGUCGAUUUGGUGAAAAAGGUGAAAACAUGGGCUUGUAAGGUAUGUAAUGUGAAACAAAGGUCUCUGACUGAAUUCUUUCGUGGAAGUGGCCCGGAAUGUCGUGUGCUUGUACAGAAACUGAAUAAGAAUAAAGAGCUUACAGCAUUGAGCACAUUUACGUUUACCUCACCAAAUCAUAUGGUCCUUCCGAGUGUGCAGCACACUUUACCUUCAGAAUACAAGAAAUUAAAGGAAAAUGGAUUUACAAGUAAUGAGUCUGAAUCAAAUGAUAAGGAUUUUAGUGUAAGAAAUGUUGAUAACCAUCAAAAUAAUAAUAUCGAGUCAUCUUUGGAAAAUACUAAAGAAUUGGCUGAAAUCGAAAGGCAAAAUAGUAAUAAACGCCCAUCAAAUGAUUCCUACAAAAGCAUGAAGAAAACGAGCAAAUGGGAUAAAUAUGUAUAAAUAUUGUAAAAAAAUAUAU